AUGGAACGACCAGUUGCACGGAAAGUUCUUGCCGACCGCCAUGUAUACUUUUCUAGACCGCCUGCUGUUAGUUCCGGUUCACCAAUUCUAUGUGAUUUUGGUGGUGCAAGCGUUCAAAGCUCGAGAAAUCGAGGAAAUGUUAUGUACGAUGUUUACAGACCCCCUGAAAUAAUUCUGGAUAUGGAAUGGGACACCAAGAUAGACAUCUGGGGCCUAUGUCUUAUGGUCUGGCGUAUGCUAGAGGGCAAUCAUUUGUUCUCUGCUCACAAGUCAGGCGCACUCAACAAUGAGCAACAUCUUGCAGAAAUGGUAUCCCUCAUGGGGCCUCCGCCCUUGGAAUUCUUAAGAAGAAGUCCUAUUAGCCAAAGAUACUGGGACGAAGAAGCUAUGCCAAUUGGCUUAGCGUCUAUCUAG